CUGUGCUUUGAUAUUAUCAUCUCUUGCUCCAUGGAGUAGAAGAAAAUACCAGCAAAGCUGUCUUCCCUACAUUAUUUCCCGUUUUUUAGUUAUGGUCGAUCCAUUAAAGAUCUUUUGGGUUCUGACAAAUAGCACGUAUCUGGUUACAAAAUUUGUACGCAUUGGUAUUGCCGACAAAAACGACGCUCCACCGGAUUUCGACAGAUUUCUCUACGAGACUGAAAUUGAUGAAAAUGCCGACCUGCAGACAACUGUACUCACCGUCAAUGCCAAGAAUCACAAUGAUUCCUCGAAUAUUCGAUACCAGAUCACGGGCGGUAACAUAGGCAAUGCUUUCGGCGUACAAAACACAACUGGCGCGAUUUAUGUUUCCAGUCCACUCGACUAUGAAACCAGACCAAGGUAUGAACUCCGUUUGGAAGCGUCGCUCAAUAGCAAAACUAACUACACCACCGUAAUAAUCAAUGUACGUGAUGUCAACGACAAUCCACCGUCAUUCGAUCGCCAAACAUAUCGCACACAAAUCACUGAAGAGGAUGAUCGUAAUCUUCCUAAGCGGAUAUUACAGGUUACUGCCACGGACGAUGAUGUAGAUAGACCGAUGAGUAUUGUAUAUUUCCUUACCGGUCAGGGCAUCGACCCGGACAACGCAGCAAAUAGUAAAUUCGAUAUAAAUCGCACAACAGGGGAUAUUUUUGUGUUAAAGCCACUGGACCGUGAUCAACCGCACGGGAGGCCGCAAUGGCGAUUCACCGUCUUUGCUCAGGAUGAGGGUGGAGAGGGAUUGGUAGGCUAUGCCGAUAUCCAAGUUAAUCUGAAGGAUAUCAAUGACAAUGCGCCACAAUUCCCACAAGGCAUUUAUUUUGGCAACACAACAGAAAAUGGCACGGCUGGCUCGUCGGUGAUGACAAUGACCGCCGUUGAUUACGAUGAUCCCAACGAGGGCGCCAACGCCAAACUCAUUUACUCCAUAGAAAAGAAUGUGAUCGAAGAAGAGACAGGUGCGGCGAUAUUCGAAAUCGAACCGGAAACGGGUCUUGUAAAGACUGCUGUAUGUUGCUUGGACCGCGAACGUACACCCGACUACUCCAUACAGGUGGUUGCAAUGGAUGGUGGCGGGCUGAAAGGAACUGGCACUGCAUCCAUAAGAGUUAAAGACCUUAACGAUAUGCCACCACAAUUCACAAAGGACGAAUGGUUCACUGAGGUGGACGAAACGAACAAUACGGCCAUACCCGAGUUGCCGAUACUCACAGUGACCGUGCAAGAUGAGGACGAAACCAAUUCCUUUCAGUACAAAGUGGUGCCGAAUAGUGGUUUUGGUGCUGAGAAAUUCGCCAUGGUCCGCAAUAGUGACGGCACGGGUUCCUUGAAAAUCACACAGCCUCUGGACUACGAGGAUCCACUUCAAAGUAGUGGCUUUCGUUUUCGCAUACAAGUUAACGAUAUGGGUGAUGACAACGACAGCGACAAGUAUCACGUUGCCUAUUCGUGGGUGGUGGUCAAGCUACAUGACAUCAACGACAACGAACCGCAUUUUGAACGUGAACACAUUGAAGUGGCGAUCUACGAAGAUGCUAAACUGGGUACAAUUCUCGAGCAAUUUCGGGCAACAGAUACCGACCAGGCGGGGCAUAGUAAAAUUACGUACCGCAUUGUACGUGCCACAAAUAAGAAACGCCAAUUUGCUAUCAGCCCGAAAGGUGCGGUGAGUGUGCAACGCUCAUUGGAUCGCGAAGAAACAGAUCGGCAUUUCGUGCGAAUACAUGCUGUGGAUGAUGGUAUCACGCCGCGCACAGCGACUGCCACAUUGACGGUGAUUGUAAAAGACGUAAAUGACAACGCUCCGGUAUUCGCGAAGGACUUCCGACCGGUGUUGCCGGAGAAUGUGUCGCCGCGCAAAAUUGUAGAGAUAGCAGCGAGAGAUGCUGACGAUAGAGCGCGCGGCAACGGUGGACCAUUUACUUUUCGUCUGGACCCCCUAGCCAGUGAUGUGAUACGUUCCAGCUUCAAGGUGGAGCAAGACAGACGUGGAGACAAUGGCAAUGGCAUAGCCAUUGUCUCUUCGCUGCGACCCUUCGAUCGCGAACAACAAAAGUCCUACCUCAUACCAAUUGAGAUUAAGGACAACGGUACACCACCCAUGACCGGCACCAGCACUUUGACUGUCAUUAUUGGCGAUGUAAACGAUAAUAAAAUGCUGCCAGGCAGCAAGGAUGUUGUUGUCUAUAAUUACCAAGGACAAUCGCAUGACACGCAAAUAGGACGUGUGUACGUGCACGAUUUGGACGACUGGGAUGUGCCGGACAAGAAGUACUAUUGGGAAGCGCAAGAGCAUCAACGUUUCAAGCUGGACACGGACACGGGCAUCAUUAUGAUGCGUGCGGGCACGCGUCGUGGACGUUAUCAGCUGCGCUUUAAAGUUUACGAUCGGGAACAGGGGCAAGUGGAUGUGCCGGCGAAUAUGACUGUGGUGGUGCGCGAUAUUACUCACGAGGCGGUGCAGCAGGCGGGUUCCAUGCGGCUGACGGGUAUCAGUGAUGAAGAUUUUAUACGCGUGUGGGACUAUGAACAACAUAAACUACAGCGGUCCAAGCUCGAACGGUUUCGGGAAAAACUGGCGGAGCUUCUGUACACAGAUCGUGAUUAUGUAGAUGUGUUUAGUGUGCAAUUGAAGUCAGAGCGACCGUUGUUGACGGACGUACAUUUCGCAGCCCGUUCACCCACACAGCAGCCCUACUUCAAGGCAGUGCGUUUAAAUGGUGUGGUGCUCAUGCAUCGCGAAGAGAUUGAAAAGGAAGUUGGUAUAAAUAUCACCAUAGCGGGCAUUGAUGAAUGCCUACAGGAGCGGAAGUACUGCGAGGGCUCAUGUACCAACCACGUGGAGAUACGCAAUCGGACGCCGUAUACAGUGAGUGUGAAUAAAACAUCGCUAGUGGGUGUGAGACUUAAUACAAGCGCUCAAUGUGUUUGCAAGGCACGCACCUUUAGCCGAGAGGAGACGUGUCGCACACAUCACUGCUACAAUGGCGGGCGGUGUGUGGACACACGCAGUGGGCCAAAGUGCGUCGCCUGCCCUGUAGGUUACAACGGGCCACGCUGCCAGCAGACAACGCGCAGUUUUCGUGGAAAUGGCUGGGCGUGGUAUCCUGCUCUGCAACUGUGUGAACAAUCGCAUCUCAGUCUCGAAUUUAUUACCAGCGAAGCGGAUGGACUAAUCCUCUACAAUGGGCCUAUAGUCCCACCUAAGCCGGGGGAGCAGUUGUUACGUGAUUUUAUUGCCGUAGAGCUGGAACAGGGCUACCCGCGUCUGCUCAUCGACUUUGGCUCUGGCACUUUGGAAUUGCGUGUGAAAACAAAAAAGACGCUUGACGAUGGCGUCUGGCAUCGAUUAGAUGUAUUUUGGGACAGUGAAAAUGUGCGCAUGGUAAUUGAUUUCUGCCGUAGCGCCGAAGUGUUUGAGAUGGAUGAUGGUUCAGCGCCCGAAUUCGAUGACAAUUCAUGCCAAGCACGUGGUCUGAUUCCACCUUUUAGCGAAACGCUAAAUCUGAAUGUACCACUACAAGUAGGUGGCAUCUAUCGGCAACACUUCGACCAAACACUAUACCAUUGGCAGUAUGCCUUUACUUCUAAAGGCUUCGAUGGCUGCAUACGCAAUCUCAUACACAACUCCGAGCACUAUGAUUUGGCGUUCCCGGCGUUGGCGCGUAAUAGCUAUCCCGCCUGCCCUCAAACCGACGCGGUCUGUUUGAAAAUCGAGAGCACAGCGCGCUGCUGGGAACAAGGUAAUUGCGUGGCAAGUCUAGUGCAGGCCAAAUGCUACUGCCGACCCGGCUGGACGGGACCGACCUGCAGCUUACCUACCAUACCAACCACAUUCAAACCGCAGAGUUAUGUCAAGUUCGCACUCAGCUUCGAACCGGAUCGGUUUAGCACGCAACUGCAACUGCGGUUCCGUACACGCGAGCAACAGGGUGAGCUUUUUCGUGUUAGCGAUCAGCACCAACGUGAGUACGCAAUACUCGAACUCAGUCGCGGUCACCUGCAGCUUCGAUUUAACUUAAAUUCGCUGCGCGCCGAGGAGAAGCGCCUGCAAUUGAAUGCCAUAGCGGUAAAUGAUGGUCAGUGGCAUGUGGUGCGUGUGAGUCGUUACGGCUCGGCUGCCAUGCUCGAGCUAGAUGGUGGUGAGGGACGACGCUACAAUGAAACGUACAAUUUCGCUGGUCAUCAAUGGCUCUCCAUCGAUAAACAGGAGGGUGUAUAUGCUGGCGGAAAAGCGGAGUAUACGGGCGUGAAAACCUAUGAGGUGCAAUCGGACCUUCAAAGAAGCUGUCUGGACGAUAUCAGACUGGAUGGUAAGCAUUUGCCACUGCCACCUUCAAUGAACGGCACGCAAUGGGGUCAGGCGACGAUGGCGCGAAAUCUGGAGCGUAAUUGCCCAUCAAAUAGACCAUGUUCGAACGUAAUCUGUCCGGACCCAUUUGAUUGUGUCGACCUGUGGAACGAGUACGAAUGCACGUGCAGCGAGGGCCGCAUCAUGUCCGCCGAUACAAAAGGAUGUGUGGAUCGCAACGAAUGUCUCGAUCUACCUUGCUUAAAUGGAGCUACGUGUAUUAAUCUCGAGCCUCGCCUGCGUUAUCGCUGCAUCUGUCCGGAAGGCUAUUGGGGUGAAAACUGCGAGUUGGUGCAAGAAAGUCAACGGCUCAAGCUUAGUAUGGGCGCGCUAGGUGCUAUCUUCGUAUGUUUGGCCAUCAUAUUGGCACUUUCACUCAUCUUCUUGCUGUAUAACCGCAAACGAAAGACAACGAAAAAAAAACGUGCCGGCCCAGAAAAAGAUGUACGUGAAACUGUUAUCAGCUAUGACGAUGAAGGUGGCGGUGAAGAUGAUAUGACGGCAUUCGAUAUAACGCCACUGCAGAUACCCAUCGGCGCAGGCGGUAACAUGCCACCUGAUAUUGCCACUUGCAAAAUGCCAAUAAUAUAUCCCGUCAUGACUCUAAUACCCGGCCAAGAAGUGAACGUCGGUUUUCUUAUGGAAGAGCGUAAAAAACUCUUUGAUAUGGAUCUCAAUGGGCCACCUUUCGACGACCUACGCAGCUUCACCUUUGAGGGCAGCGGUAUCAUAGCCGAGUCGCUGAGCUCUUUGGCCUCAGGCACUGACGAUGAGAAUCAAGACUACAACUAUCUGUCCGGUUGGGGACCGCAGUUUAAUGCAUUGACCGCAAUGUAUGUGCAUCAUGACCGAACAAAGCUGACGAGAAAAGUCACAACGAAUGAAGCAGCCAUAGCAGCAGCAACAGCCACCGCUGUGGCAGUGCAAGGCGGCGCAACAACAAAUAUUUUGGCAGUGGCGACGACGGCUGGUACCGGGGCAAGAACAACGGGGAUGGGAAGGCUGGUUAAAACGGCGGCAGCGGUUAUUCAAGAAGAGAAUGAAGAUGCUGAGGAUGGAGGAAAUGUGGCGUUAUAAAAUUGGAGAAAUACGCGCAAAGUUGGUGAAAGGCGAAACAGGAAAAGGUCGAUUUAAAGACCACGCGUGCAUGGAGUCGGUCCAGGGUACUUGCUUAGUAACCUAGUAAUAGUGCGAGUAUGUCGGCUUGUAAGCGGACAUGGUAAUUAAAGUCAGUGUAAAGAAAAUGCAACUUUAACGAAUAUUUUGGCGAAUGGGUGAUGGGGUAUACUAGCGUCCAUUAACUAGAGCAGGCCUAAAAUACAAAAUGUAAAUCAUAAAAAACGACGAAGACUAAACAUUAUGCAGAAAAGGUAGUCAGAAAAUAUCAUAUGCAGCUGAGCUGGGCUACCGCCAGGGUAGCCAACUCAUUUUUGAGAAUUCCGCGAUUUCGACAAGGAAACUCCCCGAUUUUGCCCGAAAUUUUGUGAAAUUCCCCACUCAUAGAUAUCUCCUUAUUUACA